AUGAGAAUACCCGCUACUCACUUAGCGCCAACUAUAAAAAUGGCUGCUUUACAGCGCUACACACCCAAUGAACAAGAAUACGUCAAUUCUUCUCCUCCGUUUACAGACAUAGUUAGUGAUAGGUCGACUCGACCACCAUCCAUUAUAGAACAACCAACACCCCAAUCAAAAGGACGCGCUAAAGAUGAGGAACUACCACGGAUAGAUCAAGUAUUGCCAGGGCCGAUCACCGUUAUACUUGUUGCCAUUGGUGCAUCAUAUAAAAAUCAAUGUCGAUUGGAACCUUACAUUCCAAUUUAUUUAAUUGUAUCCGGUUCAUGUGGAAUUGCCACACUGGUUCUUGUCAUUGUAGUCGUUUUAAGUAUUAUUUGCUUUUUUAAAAAACAGACUGCAGCAUCAGGAAUAAUGGCCAUAUGUUCAUUAUGUACUGUAUGUCUGGCAAGUGUUCUAUUAUCACUAUUUUUAUUCGCAUGGUUCAUUGCGGGCAAUGUAUGGGUAUUCCGUGCUCGUCCUAAUCUCAACACAUCGGAUAUAUACUCACCUAAUUAUUGUCAUCCAACAUUGUAUCAGUUUGCAUUUGGGAUUAUUAUUGUCAGUUAUAUUGGCUGUGCUAUAUCAUGUUGUACAUGCUGUUGUAAAGCAUUAUUAUCUACUAAAAAUACUUUUAAGUAG